CAGGGUUGGGCGGGGCGGAGUGGGUGUCAGGUGGUCCUGGGCGUGCAGCCUGGGCUAGGAAGACAGGACGAAAGGGGUGGGGAGGGGAGUAGAGAAGGGAGGGCUGAGGAGCCGGGAGCGGCUCUGGGCAGGAGAGCUGGCAGCGCUGGCUUCAUGAUCGGGUUCUCUCCCACCCAGUACCCCUCCCACCCCACCACCCCUGUGUGGUGGAGGUAAAACAGGAGGAGGAGGAAGAAGAAGAGGUGGAAGGGGGAAGGCGGGGGAUCCGGCCCGGCCCCUGUGCUACAGUAAGGGCUCUUUGGGCCGGGACAUCUCUAGGGGUUCUCCCUCCACAUCCCCUGUCCCGUCCCCCAGUCCUGCCCUAUUCCGCCACCUUCCACUCUACCUGCAGCCGCCGCUGCUUUCGGGGGAGGGGUCCCCCAGCUUCCGCGGAGCCGCAUGAACAAUAGGCAGCGGCGGCUCCUGCGCUCCAUGGAUCUCCCGCUCCAUGGAUCCCUCCCGCGCGCUUCUCGGCUGCCUGGCGAGCGCUGCUGCCGCCGCCCCGCCCGGGGAGGAUGGAGCCGGGGCCGGGGGCGAGGAGGAGGAGGAAGAGGAAGAAGAGGAGGGGGCGGCGGUGGCCGUAGCAGUAGCAGAGGAGCUGGGCUCCGAGCCACCACUGCCCUUCUGGACCGCGGUGUUCGACUACGAGGCUGCGGGCGAGGACGAGCUGACCCUGCGGCUGGGCGAUGUGGUGGAAGUGCUGUCCAAGGACUCGCAGGUGUCCGGCGACGAGGGCUGGUGGACUGGGCAGCUGAACCAGCGGGUGGGCAUCUUCCCCAGCAACUACGUGACCCCUCGGAGCGCCUUCUCCAGCCGCUGCCAGCCCGGCGGGGAAGACCCCAGCUGCUACCCAGCCAUCCACUUAUUAGAGAUUGACUUUGCAGAGCUGACCCUGGAGGAGAUCAUUGGCAUUGGGGGUUUUGGAAAGGUGUAUCGAGCUUUUUGGGCUGGAGAAGAAGUUGCCGUGAAAGCUGCUCGCCAUGAUCCUGAUGAGGACAUCAGUCAGACAAUAGAGAAUGUUCGUCAGGAAGCCAAACUUUUUGCCAUGCUAAAGCACCCUAACAUCAUUGCUCUGAGGGGGGUGUGCCUGAAAGAACCCAAUCUCUGUUUGAUUAUGGAAUUUGCCCGUGGAGGGUCCUUAAAUCGAGUGUUAUCGGGGAAGAGAAUCCCUCCUGACAUAUUGGUGAACUGGGCUGUGCAGAUUGCAAGGGGCAUGAACUACCUGCAUGAUGAAGCGAUAGUCCCCAUCAUCCAUCGGGACCUCAAAUCCAGCAACAUAUUAAUCCUCCAGAAGGUUGAAAAUGGAGAUUUGAGCAACAAGAUUUUGAAGAUCACAGAUUUUGGCCUGGCCCGGGAAUGGCACAAAACCACCAAGAUGAGUGCAGCUGGAACUUAUGCUUGGAUGGCCCCUGAAGUCAUCCGCUCCUCCAUGUUCUCUAAGGGCAGUGAUGUAUGGAGCUAUGGUGUGCUGCUCUGGGAACUGCUGACGGGUGAAGUGCCCUUCCGAGGAAUAGAUGGCUUAGCAGUAGCAUAUGGGGUUGCCAUGAAUAAGCUUGCCCUUCCCAUUCCUUCUACAUGCCCAGAACCUUUUACCAAACUCAUGGAAGACUGCUGGAAUCCUGACCCCCAUUCACGACCAUCUUUUAUGAAUAUCCUGGACCAACUCACUACUAUUGAAGAGUCUGGCUUUUUUGAAAUGCCCAAGGAUUCUUUCCACUGUCUUCAGGAUGACUGGAAACAUGAGAUUCAAGAGAUGUUUGAUCAACUCAGGGCCAAAGAAAAGGAGCUCCGUACAUGGGAGGAAGAGCUGACCCGGGCAGCCCUUCAGCAGAAGAACCAUGAGGAACUCCUGAGGCGCCGGGAGCAAGAGCUGGCAGAGCGGGAGAUCGACAUCCUGGAAAGGGAGCUCAACAUCAUCAUCCAUCAGCUAUGCCAGGAGAAGCCCCGGGUGAAGAAGCGCAAGGGCAAGUUUAAGAAGAACCGGCUGAAGCUCAAGGACGGCAACCGCAUUAGCCUCCCGUCAGAUUUCCAGCACAAGUUCACUGUGCAGGCAUCUCCAACCAUGGACAAAAGAAAGAGUUUGAUCAGUAGUGGUUCCAGUCCUCCUGCAAGUCCCACCAUCAUUCCCCGACUCAGAGCCAUCCAGUUGACACCUAGUGAAAGCAACAAAACCUGGGGUCGGAGUUCAGUUGUCCAGAAGGAAGAAGGUGAAGAAGAAGAGAAGAGGGCCUUGAAGAAGAAAGGACGUACCUGGGGACCAAGUACACUUGGGCAGAAGGAAAUUGUCUCAGGCGAUGAAGGCCUGAAAUCCCUGGUGGAUGGAUACAAGCAGUGGUCCAACAGUGCUCCAAAUUUGGGGAAAGGCCUGAGGACAACCCCUGCCCUUCCAGGAUUUACCAGCCUUGCUGAGAUGGAGGAUGAAGAAAUCGAGGGCCUGAGGAGUGGUGAGAGCCGAGCAAUCCAUUCCUCCAACCAGUCUUACCUCUGCAUUCCGUUCCCACGGAUAGAGGAGGUGGACGGUCCUUCCAUCGAUGGGGCCCAUGAGGAGCCCACCCCAGUUAACUCAGCUACCAGCACCCCACAGCUAACACCCACCAACAGUCUCAAGCGAGGAGGAGCCCAGCAUCGCCGCUGUGAGGUCGCCCUCCUGGGUUGUGGGGCUGUUCUGGCCGCCACGGGCCUAGGGUUUGACUUGCUGGAGGCAGGAAAGUGCCAGCUGCUGCCCCCAGAAGAACCUGAGCUGCCCCCCCGAGAAGAGAAGAAGAGGCGAGAGGGUCUGUUCCAGAGGGCUAGCCGCCCCCGCCGGAGUACCAGCCCCCCUUCCCGCAAGCUCUUCAAGAAGGAGGAGCCCGUGCUCUUCUUGGGGGACCCUUCCGCUUCUCUGACAUUGCUUUCUUUGUCCUCCAUCUCUGAAUGCAACUCGACGCGGUCCCUGCUCCGGUCGGACAGUGAUGAGAUUGUGGUGUAUGAGAUGCCCGUCAGUCCAGUGGAGGCGGCUCCCUUGCCACCUCGAACCAACAACCCCUUGGUCAAUGUCCAAGUUGAACGUUUCAAGAGAGACCCCAACCAGUCCUUGACCCCCACCCACGUCACCCUCUCUGCUCCCACGCAACCUUCUGGUCACAGGCGAACUCCUUCUGACGGCGCCCUUAAACCGGUGGCACCCCUGGCCAAUGGCAGCCCAUCUAGCAACGGACUGAGUGCCACACCGGGUAUGGGGAUGCUGAAAACUCCAAGCCCCAGCCGAGAUCCUGGUGAGGUACCUCGCCUGCCAGACCCCAACCUGGUCUUCCCUCCUACCCCACGACGGUGGAACACCCAUCAAGACUCCACACUGGAAAGACCUAAGACUCUGGAGUUUCUCCCCCGGCCCCGACCUUCUGCAAACCGGCAGCGGCUGGACCCCUGGUGGUUCGUGUCCCCCAGCCACGCCCGCAGCGCCUCCCCCGCCAACAGCUCCAGCACAGAGACACCCAGCAACCUAGACUCCUGCUUCGCAAGCAGCAGUAGCACUGUGGAGGAGCGGCCCGGGCUCCCUGCCUUGCUCCCGUUUCAGGCGGGGCACCCUCCUCCUGCUGAACAGGCCCUUCUGGAUCUGGACGCAGAGGGACAGAGCGAAGACAGCACUGUUCCGCUGUGCAGAUCUGAACUAAACCCACAUAGAUCCACCCCCUAUGAGGUUCAGCAAGAAUUUUGGUCUUAGCAUGAGAGGAAUUGGGGAUGGGGGUAGAGAUCUGGGCAAAGUACCCGACUAGGCCGUGUCUCCCACCACGUGGCCCCCAAGCUCCCGUCCUACUUCUUGCACUGAUAAUGCACUUUGAAGACAGAAGAGGUGGGGAGGGCAACUGCUCCAGAGGCCGCAGCCAACAGUGAGCUCUCCUGUUCAGAACCACCAUUGAUGUAGCCUGUCAGCUCCGAGUGUGCGUGUGUGUGUGUGGGAAGGGGGAGGUGUGUGAAUGGCCUUCCAGCUCUGCAAGUAACCUCACCCUUGGGCCCCGGCCCGGCCUGGCCCGGCCACCCAGUUGCAGCCAAACCCGUCCGCUGUCCUCCGGCACCAUUAAAUGCCCAGGGUCUGUCCCAGAGUCUCUUGGGCAUCCUGGAGUUCUAUGGUUACAAACAACAGUGUUGGCUAUUCUGCUUCUCUCUACCCCCCCCCCCCCCCCCCCCCCCCCCGCCCUUGUCCUUGAAUGCAGUUUUGAGGUCAUUAUGAGCCCUAAGGCUGGCUGUGUCUCAGCCGUCAGGAGUGCUUGGGGGCAUAUGAUUUGAUGGACCUACUUUCCCCCGGCCACCAGUCUACUUGCCCGAUCUAUUUAUUUGAGCCUAGAAGUGGUUCUCUGAUCCACUUUCAUGGGGACUUGGGGGUAAAGGAUGAGGGAGGGAUGGGGAAAUAUAAUGGAGUUGUAGUGAAGAGUCUAUGUUCUGGCUUUUUAAAGCAAGGUUCAAUGAAGGGUGUUGUCUCUUGCAUAGGAAAGGCACUGACCUCCCUAUGCUCAGUUUGUGGCCAAAUCAUGUUUCUAGAAAAAACACUAGCCCAUGGGUGGGUUCUUGGGAGAAUCCUUCUCUGAUGCCAUUUUAGCUGCUAGAGACAAGUCUUGUAUCUGGCCCUUUUCUUGUGUAAUGGGACCUUCCCAUGGCGUCUAUGCAGAGCUGUACCAUUUGCUUCUGGACAACUACAUUUGCUAGGUCAGAUUCGGAUGCUUUGAGGAUGCCAAAGCCUCUUGCUAUUUCUGGAUGAUUGUAUGUGACUCAGUGCUGAAGGACCUGGUGGAAACAGGCUGGCAGCUCUGUGUAUCCUCUGUGGGAUGGCCCUAUUAUAUGCCUUUGAUCUUUCUGUUAUGUCCUUUCCCCUUGUUCUUCACUCUCUCUUCUCCAGGGACCAGUAACUGCAAGCCUUCAUGUAUGGUUAGUAAAAAUCUUUCAAACCCUAAAAACUUUUCUUAUAAAUUUUAGCAGGAGCAGCAUCCGGUGGUGAACCCUAGGGAAUGGGAAUCAGGAUUCUGGAAUUACUCUCUCAGUUCAAGCAACCAUCCUUACAAAUCUUCAGCAACUCCCUUCACUUCUGCUGUUCGUGCCUAUAGAAUGAGGUUGUGAAACACCUCCCUUAAAAAGAGACAUCAUAACAGCCAAUGACAGGAUCUAAAAAGGCACGUGAUGUCCCUAACAUACAUACCAUAAAAAGUGGCCAGAGUUUUCUGUGCCUUCUCUCACCCAAAUACUGUGGCCUCUUGAUGUGCUGGGCUUUGGACCAUGGGAAAGCAGCAAAGCUCCUUCAAUCUUCCUGACAUUUCUUUUAGAAAGAAAAAAAACAAAACUGAAAGCAGCUCUGACAUUUAUGAAAUUUAUUUAUUUACUUGAAUAAUGAAACUUCAACUUAAAAUUUCUUCCAUCUGUUUCUUUAAACAUCCCCCCCUCUCUCAAUCUGUUUCUCCAUCAUGUUUGAACUGAGGGAAAACCAUCUGUAGCUUUUAACAGUACACUGGGCCUCUGCUGAGAAAUCCUUGAGUUUGGAAGUGGGAUGGUGUUUAUGGGAUGGUGUUUAUGGUCUCCUAUAAGGUUCCUUCCUUUCUGCAAGGAAGAACAGAACCUCCUACAAGGGAAUAAUAGAGAGGGAAGCUUCUUCUUGGUCAAGCCCAGAGAGUGGAGACUAAAAUGAUGCUUUAGUCUCAUAAAGAUAGUAAGUUUUCAUAGAGAUACCUCCGGCCCAACAAAUCCAGCUCCUUGCUUCUCUUCUGUACCAGGGGCAGGUGACUUCUGCCCUACCUCAUCCUCUUCCCAUCAUGUCAGCCCAUGGCAAGAUAGUGGAAGGAGUCAUUAUUAUUCUCACACCAUGGCCUGUCAUCCCUGGGGUAGAGAGGCUAUACGAUUUCUGCUGAGGACAUUGGGUCAGAAGCCAGCUGGGAAUGACCUUUUAGUUGAUAUUUCCCCUUUAACUUCACGCUCUCCGUGGUUCUGAGCAGGAGCUGACCUCAAAGCUGUGGGUCAAACUACUUUCACUGAGAGUAGUUGACCUUCCCUAGUGCUACAUAGGGACCCUAGUCCUUAACACUAUGCAAUGUGUUAAACCACAUGGAAUGUGGUGUCAGAAAAUAUUUAUUUCCUAAGAUUCCUGCUCACAUCACUGACUCAGAUACAUUUCUCAUCUACUUUCUUGAGAGGCCAGCCAGCUGCUGGGCAUCUGAGUUGCCUUUCAUAUUACCUUGUAAUUCUACUCAAAUAGCUUUGCAGGAUACUUUUUUAAUUGUUGGCAUUUUUUACCCGUAAGGUCCUCUCUCAGUUCCCUCCUUUAUGUGAAAUUCAAUUACAGGCCCUGAAGUGUUUGAUGAGAAAUAGCUCUGAUUUUUUUAUGAGUUUUUUUCCAAUUUUCUUGUAAGUGGGAUGUGUUUGCUGGUGGAAAGGGGGAAGUGUUCACUUCUGGGUAUGCAAGUGGAGAAAUGAUAAAAGGCAUCUGAGAUUUAAAGCCUAGACUCUCCAGAGGACUAGGAAGAGAAAGUGUUUCAGGCUCUUCUUCCUUAUUUUGAUGCUUCCUUACCUCGUGACCUUGCCUGAAUCACUUAGCCCCUUUGGAAAAGAUAUCGCCAGCCUUCCUCCCAAAGCAGAGAGUAUGAGUGCUCACAAGACAAUAUUGAUCAAGCACUUAGGGCUCUUUGGCAGGAAGAGAUUAAUUUUCAGCUGAGAAAUGAUGCUAGUUCCUGAAAGAAGCUUCCUUUAUUACCGGCUGAGGUGGAGAGGAGGAAAUUUGUACAACUUGUCUUUCAUCCCCUUGACUCUGAGUUAUUUUGUAUUUUGCUUUCUGAGAGGGUUAGCAAAAAAAAAUGAUUAGAGGGGUGCCUUACAUGGCCAUUACAAGUCAUUGCCAGGCACAAGCUCUUCUGAGGUGUUUGAAUAUAUACAGAGUGUGUAGCCACUUAAAAAAAAAUUAUCCUUUAGUCAUUCCUAUCAAUAAUCUGUGAAGGUGGCCAUCAUCCAUGUCUUUGUCUUACUGAGAAGAAAAGGGAGAUAGGGAAAGGAUUGUUAGCAUGUAAGAAAUAAAAAGUGUCACUUAUAAAGUGUUGGCUUUUUGACUCUGGCAGUCUGAUUUCCCCUCCUAGUUUGAAUUCCUUCUAGAUUUGGCUUAAGGAGAAAUAUGGGUAGAGUGGAUCUUCUUACAUUUCUCAGAUGUGCUACCAAAAGGGAUGAAACAGGUCAUAUUACUCAGGCUACUCAUUUUAUAGGUAAAGAAACUGAAAUUUAAAUAUACCACAAGAUUAUGUAACUAGUAAGUGGCAGAGGCAGGAUUUGAAUCCAGAUCCUCUGUCUUCAAUCCAACCCCCUCCCUUACCAUCCUCCUGCCUCCUUAAUUCUUUUUUCAGCUUGAGUUAGACCAUAUGUCCCCUUUAGCAGGAAAAACCUCUUAACAAUUAGAGAUAUCCCAAAAUGGAAACUAGAUGGGGUAGUAAAGAGAGCAAGGGACUUGGAGGUAGGGAGAUCUGAGUUCAAACACUUACUAUGACCUUGGGCAAGUCACUGUUUGACUGAGUUUCCUCAUUUGUAAAAUGAGUUGGAGGAGGAAAUGGCAAAUUGCUCCAGUAUCUUUGUCAAGAAAACCAAAAUGCAGUGACAAAGAGUCAGAUACGACCGAAAUAACUGAACAACAGUACAAGUCAAAAGGACUUCCUUGAAUGGUAUAAAAUGAUUGCUUUUUGAAUAUAUUAUAGUGGGAAUUUUUUUUCAAAGCAUUGGAAAAGAAGGCUGACUGGGGUCCUUCCAACUCUAGAAUUUUGUGUUUUGUCAUAAAGUCCUUUUUUCUUUGUCUCACUAUUGUGUCUUAGGGACAUGGCUUAAUGUCCAAAAGAAAGGACUAAUCAAUCCUUUGUUGAAUUUGUUUUGCUUCCAAAUUUUAAGCUUGGGUCUCUUGUACUAAUGGAGAGAGAAGAAAAGAACCAUAUUAAAUGCUCUUUCACUGGGUAAUCUCCCCACCCCUUAAUCUACCUCCCCCAUCUAUAAAGUCCAUUCUUGCUCUUAUCAUAGAGGAGAGACACAGGACACAGGAUUAAAGGUAUAUUAACAGAUUCAGAGAUUGGAUCAUAGCCUACAUAUGUGAGUAUGAAACCAUUACUAUCAAAAAGUGAGGUGCCCAGCCAGUCCUGUCUGAUAUAUUUAUUCAGAAAGUCUCAAGGAUUCUCUCCUUGUAUUGCCUUCCUUUGAAAGAAUUUGGAUGGAAGGGAAACAGAUGUCAUUAUUUCACAUUGCACCAGGUUCUCUGGGCAAGGUAGCUUUGUACUUGUAGGAUCCUCACAGAUAUGAAAAUUGGGAAAAGCCUUACGAAACUCCUGUUAUCUAAAGGCAAGGCAAGUCAACAAGUAUUUCUUAGCAUCAGCCAUGUUCUAGGUACUGGGCUAGUACUGAGGAUAUAAAGAAAGGCAAAAUCUAGUCCCUGUUCUCAGGGAGCUUCAAUUUAAGGGGGAGACAACAUGCAAACACUAUGUACAAAGAAGUUAAAAUAUAAUCUCAGAGGAAAGGCACUAAGAGUAAGGAGGACUAGGAAAGUCUUCUUGUAUAAGGUGGGACAUUAUUAGCUGAGACUGGAAGAAAUCCAGGGAGUCUAAAAGGCAGAGAUGAAACAGGAGAGAUUUCCAGGUAUGUCACUUCUCUACAGGGUGAAUCUUUGUUCCAGAAUUGGGAAGUCAUGGUUCUGCUGUGAUCUAUCCUGCUCAAGCCACUACAUUUUAGGAAGGACAUUAAAAAACUGGGGAGCAUCCAGAGUGGGAGACUAGGAUGAUGAAAAAACUCAGCUCCAAUCUACAUGAAGAUUGGGAGAAACUAGAAGUGUUUCCUCUGGAGAAGAUUUUGAGGAUGAGGGAAUGGGAGGGGAGAGAUAGAAGAGCUGGCUUCAAAUAUUUGAAGAGCUAUCAAUUGAAAGAGUGAUUAGAUUUGACUAGCCUGGGCCUAGAGGGCAAGAAGUUAUAGAGAGGCACAUAUAGGUUUAAUAUAAGAAAAAUCUUCCUAACAGUUAGAGCAAUAUAAAAUGAAAAAGGCUGCCAUGGAUGGUAGUGGGUUCCCCUGUUACUGGAGAUCUUUGAACAAGGGCUGGAUCACAUUUCAGGUAGGUUCCUUCCAAGUCAAGAUUGAUAGUAUAAAUUUAGAGCUGAAAGGUAUCUUAAAAAGCUAUUGAGAUCUGAUUUUACAAAUUUCCCAAAUUGCAUAAUCAAGAAAUAUGUUUUACACCCUUUUGAGAAAAGAUCAUAUACUACCCCCUUUCUACCCCUUCAAAGCCCAGAAACUAUUCUGGGUAGCCAGCAUUCUUCUAGGGAAAUAUGGUGCAUCAGGAAUCACCACUCCUAAAUACUUAUCUUUUGCUUUAAACAAGUCAGUAUUUGCCUGAGCUGGAAAAAUAAAUGUGUGUUGUAUGUAUGUGUGUGCACCCAAGUGUGUAUGUGUGAAUUUCUAUCUCCUGAUAUAUUUCUGGGUGGUGAGAACACUUUAAUCUUUUCAGUGUAUGGGGAUCAACAUUCUCUAGUCUUGUGUGGCCUUUGAAGGGAGAUGAAAAUCAGGGAUUAGAAUGCUAUCUAAGGUUAAUGAGUUGAGGAAAGACUGAAACUAUUACCUGACUACAAAGCAUGGAUAAUUGUUCCUAAGAUUAUUGUGCUUUCAUUGUAUGAAAGCAAGGGAAAAGUAGAAGGAAGUUUAGAGUAUAUAAUCCAACUUCUUCAUUUUAUAUAUGAGGAAAAGGAGAUUUAGGGAGGAAAAAUGCCAAAGGUCACAUAGCUAAUUAAUGGUAAAGUUGAUCUGGAAAUCAGGUCUUCUAAUUCUCAAUCCAAUGUGUUUUCUAGGACAUUACUCUCCCUAAUCCCUUCCUAUUUUGAGUUAAAAGCCCUGAAGGUAUAACCCAUGUUUCUCCAUUCUUAAGUAUAUUUGAUUUUCUUUAUUCUCUCUCUAGGUCAUAUUGAUUCAAAUAUUAAGCUUGGAUGGGCAGCUAUCAGGAAAAGGGAAUUAGUUCUCUAGGCCUGACUGCAAAAGGAGGGAUAUUGUCCAUUUUUGUGAGGACUUAACUUUAUUCUUUCUGUAUCCUUGAAAAUGGUCUUCCAUUUCUACUUCUGUACACCUGAGUUUUCCCUGACUGGGAGGUAGUUUCAGAAAGCCAGACAGCCAGGGCUUCCUAUCACAGGAAAUGGGAAAACACUUUCCAGGAUUCUAUAAACAAUUCCCCCUCCCCAAUAAAGAACCUUUUCCAGAUGUAGUAUGGGCACUGGUGGGGCCUGCAUAGAGAAAGUGAAUCCUGUAUGAAUUGGAAAUAUGUAUGAUAUGUUCUCCCUUUCUCAUGCCCCAUGAGAACUUGGUCUUCCUUGGUGAGAAGGACCAUGGAAAGAUAUGUUACUUGUUUUAAUUUAUUUGAAACCUUUGUAUCUGAAAUGAUAAAUUUAUCUCCCUGGAAAUAAUUAGUUCAUUACCUACCCCCAGCUUUGGGCACUAGGUGAUGCAAUAGAUAGAACACUGGACUGACAAAGUUGAGUCUUGAGUUCAAUUCAGCCUUAGACACUUAUGGCUGUGUGACCCUGAGCAUAUCACUUAAUUCUGUUUGCCUUGGUUUCCUCAUCUGUAAAAUGAACUGUAAAAGAAAAUGACAAACCACUUCAGUGUUUUUGCCAAGAAGACCCCAAAUGGGGAUCACAAAGUCAGAUACAAAUAAAAUGAUUCAACAAUAGCCUCAUUCCUGCUAGAAUCUGGAUCUAAAUAAGGGCUGUGAAGUGAAGCACGUCUUUUGAGUCCUUCUGAAUUAACUUACUUUGCUUCACUCUCCAUUAUGGACCCAAAAUUCUUGUGGGUUUGAUAUUCCCGGGUUCUUCAACUUCCUUUUUCCUCCAGAUAUUAACUUAUAAAUGUGUUAUUCCUCCCAAAGGUAUUUGCAUUUCAAACCAUGAUGAUGACAUUUCAGUCUUUGGCACAGACUUGUGGAAAAACACUAAUUAAUUUGCCAAGACUUCCAAAUUACAGGCCACUUCGGCUUCAGAUUUAGUCUGAUUAGUCUGGGGAAAGAGGAGGACUAAUGUUCCCCAGUAUUUUUCAGUGGUCUUCAAGUUAUUUCGAUCAUUAACAUUUAUUAAGCACCCAAUAUGUGCCAAAGUACUACACAUAUAAAAACAAAUCAUACUGUUCUUGCCUUCCAGGAGCUUAUAUUUUAUUAGAAAGACUAAAAGAGAGAAAACUUGGAUAAUGUGUGUAGGAUAAGGAUGCAGGAUAUAGGAACUUUCAGGUUCUGUAUUUGAAAUGUGUGUUCUAAGGGAGGUGAGGUAAAUGAUUGUGCUAAUCUGGGACUUAAAUCAGUUGCCAAAAAAUGAUGGCUUACCCUCAUUCUUCUUUACAGUUAAGAGUCUAUGAUCUUUAGCUUCUCUACCAUCUUCCACAUGAAGCAUGAAACCCAUAGUUAUAGCUUUUCUCUUCAGUGCUGUGGGAGUGCAGCCUCUCUGUAUUUAUUUUCAACAUAGAGAUGGAAAGUUGCUAAGAGUAGUAACAACUCAGAAGCCAUCCUUGAGAAUGUCCUAGGGAGGGAGUAUGGUAGGGGGAACUUUGGAAUGGCUAUUAAGUUUCUCUAAGACAAGAGUUCUAGAUCUGGUUCUCCUUUGAUGUAUAGACCCAAUGGGUCAUAAGAAUUGUGAUUCUCUCUCAACUGUUGACUGAACAUAUGUUUGUGCCAUUUAUUUCUUCCUACCCCAAUGCCAAAGGUUCUUUCCUUUGACCACAUCUAUAAGCUCCUGUCUCAUCUGUGGACCACAACUUUAUGUCUAUCUUCCUUAAGAUUUCUUCCAGAUCUUAAAUUUGAAGCUUUAGAAUGACAUCUCCUCUACCUGUUCAUUUUAACUUUCCCUCUUUUUCCUAUCCUCCAAGCAAAUUUGGGGAAAUUGAAAUAGGUUUUAUUCAUUCUGUUGCCUUAGAUCCAGACAUCUUGAGACAUCCAGAGACUGUUAUGAUUAAAUCUUUAACUCUCACGCUCCUUCUGCAGCAGUUAGGUACAGCUUUACUAAUUAGUGAGCUUUUCCAGAAGACUAAGGAAAAAAACUGAAGAUGGAUUUUAACUUAUUUUACUUUCCAGAGAAGCUUUCUUUAGGAUGCCCCAUUUUACUCCUGGAUGAAGUGGCUGUCUGUUUAAUUUGCUAAAACUAACAAUGAGGAAAUUGACCAGUAGGUCCUUCUCUCCUUGAAUGGGUCCAUCUGUCUUGUCUUUUUCUCCCCCAUUUUCUCUUCGUUUUUGCAUUCAAGUUAUUUCGUCUCUCUAAUAAUGUUUAAACACAAAGAGUGCUGAUUAAAAUUGGUCAGGUUUUUUUUUUUUCCUCUCACUUUUUUUUGGAUGUACUGUAAAUUAUUAACCAAGGGUGCCAAGCAGGCUUGGUUCAAUGGCUAAAAUUCUUAUUGUAUUACAGUGUAAUGCUGACCUCAGCCUUGUCUCGACACCAGAGCACACACAGACUUGAAUAAAACUGUUAUCACAGUGA